AUGAAUCUAAUCUUUGUCAUAACAGAAGCAUUGAAGUCUCAAGUAUAUAACAAAGGUCAAACUCCUGUUGUGUGCUCAUCAGCUACACUUGAAGUGCAUGGAGAGUGGCAAGUAAGUAAGGAGAAGUUGGGCAAUGACACAAGCUUGGCUGUGGAGAGAUCUCUGCGUUUUGAUAAGAAUAAUGUCUCGGUUUCUUGGCUUCAUGAAUUUGAAGCUUCUGCGGUUGCAAAGACUAAAAGGUCUCAAACUUUCAAUCAGGCUACUGCAGCUUACCAUGAGCCUUUUUGUUUGCAUAUUUAUAUAUCUAAGGGUUCUGCACGUGCCAGCAUUAUCCAUCGGGCAACUAGCAAGGUUGUUGCUGUGGCACAUUCUAUUUCGAAGGACAUGAAAUUUGAGUUGAGUUCAACCAAGAAUAGAGCUGCUUGUGCUGCUGUUGGGGAAGUGCUAGCUCAAAGAGCCUUGGCUGAUGAUAUUCAUAAUGUGGUUUAUAUACCAAGGAAAGGAAAGAUUGGAGGGGAAUUGCAGAUUGUAUUUCAGGCUAUUAUUGACGGUGGUAUUGAUGUUAAGGUGAAGUUAAAGCAGAGAAAAACCAGCAUCCUCCCACCAAAACCAUAG